GGAAAACACCCUAACUAAAAGCAUGGCAGAUCAUUUCGAAGGUGAUCAACAAGAAAAUGAUGCAGAGAUGAAUAGUGGAGGAGAAAGUGAUCCUGGAUCACCGGGAAGUGAAAGAUCUGGAUCUCCUGUUAGUGGCCAUUCUGGAUCACCUCAAUACAGUGGCCAUUCAGGGUCACCUCAACACAGUGGCCACUCUGGGUCACCACCUGGUAGCCCACAUUCAGGUUCAGGAAGUCCCCAUAGCUAUCAGUCAGGGAGCCCUAGAAGUCAACAUUCAGGAAGUCCCAGAAGUCAACAUUCAGGAAGUCCCAGAAGUCAACAUUCAGGGAGUCCUAGAAGUCAACAUUCAGGGAGCCCUAGAAGUCAGCAUUCAGGGAGCCCUAGAAGCGAAAGGUCAAGGAGUGGAUCGUUACAUAGGAGUAGAUCUGAGUCACCUAGAAGUAGGUCAGGAACACCCAGAAGUAGGUCGGGAUCACCCAGAAGUAGGUCAGGGUCACCCAGAAGUGGGUCAGGAUCACCCAGAAGUAGGUCAGGUUCACCCAGAAGUAGGUCAGGAUCUCCU